AGAAAGAGCAGUCUCGAGUUUUCUUUUCAUUUUCUUCUAAUUAAUAUUAUAUGUUAAAACCAAUAGCAUAGCGCUGCCCUAAUUAGAAAUGGCCCAAAUUGGUGUCUGUUGUGUGGGUGUGUAUCUUUGCUUAGGUGUUAUAGCAGCGGUUCUUGGAUUAGUCGCAGCAUAUCAAGUGAAAUCGCAAGUGAAAUUGGAAAGGAUGACAAUGACGACGAAGACAGGUAGGUGCUUUUCUCUAGUUGUGGCUAUUGAAGUGGUGCUUGCAAUAGUGGCUCUUGUGGGCGAUCAAAUGGUGGCUACAGCCAUUUUUAUUGCUGACGGACCAAAUGGUGAUCACAAUGCUCGACCAAACCGUAUCAAACUAAUACUCAAAAUCUUAAUUGGCUGGAACUUGGUCACGAGUGCAGGAGGAGGAUUUUUACUGGUUCUUGAAUUUAUUCACAUGCUAAAAGGACAAAAAUGCUGGACUUCUGUGCACUUCAAGAUAUUACUCGCAGCAGGAAUCGUUUGCUUUGCUCGAUUUUUCGGUGUCUUGUUUUACUAUGUGAUUGCCAUAUUGAAUCAAGACUCCUCUAACGUUUCCAAUCGUGCGCCUUCAAUGUUUAGUUUGUCAAGGAGGUAGAUUUUUAUACUGAUAUCAUUCUUAAAUUUGGAGUGGGUCCAAAUCUAUAUUACCCAUCUUAGAUCAAACAAUGAUGGUAUUCUCCAUGUCACUGCUGCUCCAAAACCAGGGAUUUUCUAUAUAUUCAACUUCAAUUCCAUUGGCCGAUGGAUAGUGUGUGUCUCAAAGUGUGUCUUGAGUUAAUUGCACUUUUCGUUCUACGAAUUUUAUGACAAUGUAAUGUUUGAUUCUAUACGAAAAUAGAAUUUUGGGAAAUAAUGGCUUACCCUCUUGGGUGCCUUAGCCUUGUAUUUAUAAUAAAACAG